GGUGAUGCUGAAGCCGCCGGAGCAUCAGGUCGCCGGCCACCGGGCAAACGAGGGCCAACUCGGUCCGCUCAUCGACGGAACCGGGCGCUUCUACAAGCCCCUUCAGUCCGAUUCGCGCGGGGAGCACGAGGUCGCCUUCUACUCGUCCUUCUCCUCCGAUCCUCGCGUGCCUUCCCACGUUCGAAGCUUCUUCCCUGGCUUCCAUGGAACACAGCUCCUUCCCGCUUCGGAUGGCUCCGGUCCUCGUCCACAUCUUGUCCUCGAUGACAUCUUCUCCUCCAUCCCCCGCCCAUCCGUCAUCGACCUCAAGAUCGGCGCUUGCACCUGGCCCCCCAACUCGCCUGACAACUAUUUGAUGAAAUGCCUGAGAAAAGAUCAGGAGACCACUAGCCUCGUUCUUGGAUUCCGAAUCUCCGGCCUCCGAGUCGACUCAGCGUCCGGACUCUACAAGCCUGGCAAAAAGGAUGUGAAGAACUACACCGCCGGCGAUGUCAAGCGGGUAUUGAAGAAGUUCGUGUCUUCCAACCCAGAUUCGAGCUCUGAUCCGGACUGCGCCUUUGCGGCAGUGGUCUAUGGCGGGUCGGAAGGGGUGCUGGCGCAGUUGCUGGAGCUGAAGGCAUGGUUUGAGGAUCAAACUCUGUAUCACUUCUUUUCGGUCUCGGUCUUGGUGGGCUAUAGGAGGGAUGAGGUCGGGAGUAUGCGGCCAUUGGUGAGGCUAGUGGAUUUCUCGCAUGUCGUUGAGGGAGAUGGGGUUAUCGAUCAUAACUUCCUCGGCGGGCUCUGCUCGCUAAUCAAGUUUAUAUCGGAGAUACUGAUUGAACCAGAUGAAAAGUUUAGCUCUGGAGGUUGCUUGGAGGAAUCUAAGAGAACACCUCAAUUGGGCGUUGAGAAUGGAGUGCUUGAAGAGUAACGGGAGUUUGUUGUUCUUCCCCCUGAUCAUACGUUUGAUGCUGAUCUUGGUGAGCUUCUUCUGCUUCUUUUCAUCGAGGAAAAAAAACGUUUCUUGAAUUUUAAAUUCUGUCCUGAAUUGAUACAUAUGGUGCAAAGGAGCUUCUUUGCCUCAUAAACAUUCUUUUUUUUUUUCUCUUGGACUAUGCUCUGUUGUUCUGAUUGAAUGUUACUUCUCAAUUAUUAGCUGAGAACCAAAUGAGAUUGAUUUCACAUUGCUUUGCGCC